CAUCUCACUCUCACAGCAGCAGCAAUGGAUCUCCACGGAGAUAAGUCGAAGAAGCGCAAGAGGAAGCACGCGAAAUUGGCAACUGCAUCGGCAGAGUCUGCAGCCACAGCGCCAUCAACAGCCCUGAAAAAAUCCCAUCCUCCUACAGACCAAUCCAGAGAAAAGAGCAAAAAGAGAAGGAAGACAUCACACACCAGCGAUGAUGAGUCAGAUGAUGAUAUUGAGGAAGAGCCGUUAGGACAAGAAGUGCCGGUGUCAGCAAGUGGCCCCAAUGGCACAGAAGGAGAGAACGACGCCGCCCCAAGCGACGACGACAAUGCUGGUUCUGAACUCGAAGAAACAGUUAACACCAUCAACGGAAACGCCGAAAUCACUUCUGCAGAAUCAGAUCUCCCAACCGACACAGUCCCCUCCCUCCCUGGUACAGAUGUCACGCCGCAACAGUUCAGCGACCUCUCUCUGUCCGAGCGCACCAUGGAAGCCUUGGCUGACAUGAAUUUCACCAAUAUGACUGAAAUCCAACGACGGGGCAUCCCGCCUUUGCUCGCCGGUCGUGAUGUUCUGGGUGCCGCCAAAACUGGUUCAGGAAAAACAUUGGCUUUCCUCAUUCCCGCAAUCGAGAUGCUACACGCUCUUCGUUUCAAGCCUCGCAACGGCACCGGUGUCAUUGUCGUCAGUCCCACCCGCGAAUUGGCCCUCCAGAUAUUCGGCGUCGCACGAGAACUCAUGGCCCAUCACACUCAGACCUUUGGCAUCGUGAUUGGUGGAGCCAAUAAGCCCGCUGAAGCAGACAAAUUGACCAAGGGUGUCAACCUCCUCAUCGCGACCCCCGGACGUCUUCUAGAUCAUCUGCAGACCACAAAGGGCUUCGUGUACAAGAAUCUGAAAGCGCUCGUCAUCGAUGAGGCAGAUCGUAUCUUGGAAGUCGGGUUCGAAGAUGAAAUGCGCCAGAUCGUCAAGAUUUUGCCCAAGGAAAACAGACAGACGAUGCUGUUCUCCGCGACACAGACAACCAAAGUCGAGGACCUCGCACGUAUCUCUCUGCGUCCGGGCCCGUUGUACAUCAACGUCGACCAUACGAAGGAACACAGCACCGUCGAGGGUCUCGAGCAGGGCUACGUGAUCUGCGACAGCGACAAACGGUUCUUGUUGCUUUUCAGCUUUCUGAAACGCAACUUGAAGAAAAAGGUCAUUGUCUUCAUGUCUAGCUGCAACUGCGUCAAGUACUAUUCCGAACUGUUCAACUACAUCGACUUGCCCGUUCUCGAACUCCACGGAAACUUGAAACAGCAGAAACGUAGCAACACCUUCUUCGAGUUCUGCAACGCAAAGGUCGGCACGAUGGUGUGCACCGACGUCGCCGCAAGAGGUCUCGACAUCCCUUCGGUUGACUGGAUCGUGCAAUUCGACCCACCCGACGAUCCGAGAGAUUACAUUCACCGUGUGGGACGGACAGCACGAGGCUCAAACGGCAAGGGUCGCAGUCUCAUGUUCCUGCAGCCCAGCGAGGUUGGGUUCCUCAGCCACCUGAAAGAGGCGAGGGUCCCCGUCGUCGAAUUCGAUUUCCCCGCGAAAAAAUUGUUGAACAUUCAAAGUCAAUUGGAAAAGUUGAUCACCCAAAACUAUUAUCUGAACAAGUCCGCAAAAGACGGCUACAGGUCAUACCUCCAGGCUUAUGCGUCGCAUAGUCUGCGGUCCGUCUUUGACGUCAACAAGCUCGACCUGGUCAAGGUGGCCAAGAGCUUUGGGUUCGCCACACCGCCCAGGGUGGACAUCCAGCUCGGCUCGAGCAUGCAGAGGGACAAGAAGCACGCUGGCCGGAGAUCGUUCGGGAGCCAACCCAGGCAGAACGGCCACGGUCUGAAAUUCAAAAGGAGAAACGGCGGUGAUUGAUUUAGUUGGUUGGUGAACUUGAAACGAGGCACGGAUUGGGUCAUUGGGCAGAUUGAGUAAUGGGCGUUCCCUGUAGCGACCGGUUCUAAAAAGCUCUCGCAUGGCAUGUCAGGUUCAUUCAUGAAAUGUUUCAACGUCAGUUCAAAUCGCUAGGUAUCUUAUUAUGCUUCUUCAUGCUGCUACUUACCAAGGAACGGGCUUGAUUUUGAUCGUAUGCAGAUACAGGAAAGAAGAAAUCUCG